UUAGCACAACAGUGGUGACGCAUCGGCGGCCGGGCAAUGUUUUUAUUGCUCCUUUGACAAUUAAGUUGCUUGGAAAUCCCUGUUGUUGUUUUCUUGACUAGUGACGUGUGGAUUGCGUGUGCACAAAACAGGUUAUGCUGUUGCAUCAGAUAUCGUCGAUUUAAAGAUUCCCCACAAACUUUUUGAUUCAGUCUCGACUGAAGUUUCUGCACGGCAACAUUGCCGACGUUGGAGGAUACAGCAAGAAUUACACUUUGGUUAGGUCAUUAUUUAAUGUUACGGUCAGAUAUGCUCUCUAAAUAUAUUAUAUUCCGAAACAAACGCUGUCGUGUAUGAUUUGUGCUGGUGAAAGAAAAACUUUUUGGUUUUAGUAACCAGGACACAGACUGAUUUCAGUAACAAACGACACGUGCAUGUGUAGAGAGAGCUGAUAAAAAAAGCAGAGGCUGAUUUGUAAUUAACAAUGAGUUUUAUUGUGCAAGUGGCAUUUGUCGGCCUAGUGAUUUUCAUCACGCACAAGAUCUACGAAUGCUUCACGAGAGCAUCUAAGGCAAGAAAUCAUCAUACAGAGGAGAGCACCGCCUCAUCGCAACCGCCUCGCGAACCCCCACCUUACAGCAGUUUGUAUCCAGACCUCACUAAAGACAAGACAAAUAACGCCGCCAAGAAUGCCAGCCCGUGUGCCACUGCGGGUGCUUGUCCGUCCAUUGGGAGCACCAUUGCUCGGGUGCUAGGUUGGGCCAGCAGCACAAGCUCCUCUUUUAAAACCAUCCGAGAUAACUUCAAUUCCUUGGAUGAGGUCAGCAAUGCAAUCAGGAGGGCAGGGCUAGAGUCAAGUAACUUGAUUUUUGGCAUUGAUUACACCAAGAGUAAUCUCUACACUGGCCAGCAGACCUUCGGAGGGAGGAGCCUGCACACCCUGGUACCAGGAAUUCAAAAUCCGUACCAACAGGCCAUUUCAAUUCUCGGCCAAACGUUGGCGCCCUUCGAUGACGACAACCUCCUGCCAGUCUUCGGCUUCGGUGACCUUUCAACCCAAGGUCACUCCGUCUUUCCCUUCCGGGCCGACGGGGUCUGCCACGGCUUUCAAGACGUUCUGGAGUGUUACGACCGCAUCACGCCUGCAGUGACCCUUAGCGGGCCGACGGACUUUGCGCCGGUCAUCAACGAGGCCAUAAGAAUCGUCCAGAAAACUAAAGCGUAUCACAUCCUGGUCAUAAUCGCCGAUGGUCAGGUCACCAGCGAGAAGCCCACGCGCGACGCCAUAGUGGCGGCGUCCGGGUACCCGCUGUCUAUCGUCGUGGUGGGCGUGGGCGACGGGCCCUGGGACAUGAUGCGCGAAUUCGACGACCACCUGCCACGCCGGAAGUUCGACAAUUUCCAGUUUGUGGAGUUCCACCGGGUGAUGAUGUCGGCCCGCGGGAACAAAGAGGCAAGCUUCGCCCUGCACGCGCUCAUGGAAAUCCCGGACCAGUAUCUGGCCAUUCGAAAGCUGAAUCUCCUUGGAUGAACUAUUUUUCACCUUUUUUUAUACGAACUGCAGACAAAUUUCAUACAGUGUGAGUAAAAAAAAAGAAAAAAGAAGGAAACCCUUUUUUUGUUUUACAGAAGUUCUGCCUGCAUGUAGCGCGUUCAAGAUCUAGGAUGUAAAAGCCCAAUUAUUAAGCUUUCUGUUAGUGAAAGCAUCAUUCAAAUCGCUCAGUACUUUUCAAGUUAUGGACUUUUAAACGCAAACACAGUGUUAUAAUUUUGUCCACAUAUCACAAUAAAGGUGUAAGUGAUAUUUCAGCAAAACAUUUUGGUUGGUUUUUUUUUAAUGAAUUUUCUUAUUACAUGCAAGAUCAAACUCUAGGUUAUCAAAAUGUCAACAUUAACAUAUACAUAUUUUUGUUAAUGUUUCGUCAGAAAUUCCUAUUCAAAAUGAUUUUCUGAUUUAAAUUGAAUUAUUAUCAAGGUGUCUUACUUUAAACCACUCAUUCAAAAUCAAUUUAUACCAGUAGUGCACGUUGCUUUGUGACACCUCGAGCCACAUAUAAAUGACAUUGUAUUCAUUCCUCGUGCUUCAAGGUUUUUUUUUUUGUAAACAUAUACAUUUUCUUUUUCUUUUGUACCACAGAUUUAUAGGCUCUUUUUUUUUUAAACUUGCAAUUUCUAUUUUUGAGGGUUAAAAACUUUUAUGUACAUACAAUACGUUUGCUGAAUGUAUCAUAUCAAUAAGUUUCUACUGUUUAGAAUCUAAAUUAUCGUUUGAUUGAUCAUUUUUAUAUAAAAUAAGUAUACAUAGUAGCUUUACUGUAGAUCUACCUCAACGGUUGUGACACAAUCCACGACGCGCUAAGUAUGAUUUUAGUAAUAAAAAAAAAUAAUGAAACAGUACAGAUGUUACAUAUAAUCUUGUUGUAAAAACGUAUCCUUUUUUGUAAAGUGAGAGGAUCGCAAUAAUACUAUUUCAAAUCGAGUAACGGCUUUUCUGACUUAAAGUUUGAGGUUUGUUUUAUUUUGGUAUAAACAACUCAACGAUUCGAUUAAACGCAGAGAAUGCAC